AUGUCCUAUUUGGAAAAUCUGACAAUCACAAUAAUCGGACAGCCGGGGGACGGGCUUUCGAAGAAGAUCGCCGACUCGGUCACAGCCGGCGGUGGAAUUUUCGACAAAAAUGGAGUCUCCAAGGACACAACCCAUGCGAUUCUCGUCGGCUCGGAGAAAGACUACCUCAAGGAAAUUGAAAAAGCAGUUGAAAAUGGCGCUGCUGUGGUUCAACCCCGCUGGUUAGAUGUCUGUUCUGUUCAUCGACAAAAGAUUCCGGUCCAGCCGUUCAAAAUGAUGCCUGGCCCAAGCCCGCUGUUUUCGGACAUGGUCUUCACCGCUUCCGGAUUGAGUAAGGGCGACAAGAUUAAGUUAGCUGCGUUGGUAACCUUCCACGGGGGAAAGUAUACUCGUGCGCUAAAUCAGAAUACUACUCAUCUAGUGACGCACAAGCCGAUCGGAGAAAAGUACGAUAAAGCACUGAAUAUUGAUUUCAUUCGUAAGGUUACUCCUGGUUGGGUCCUUACUUCGGCCAAAAGUAGAGCCUUGAAAAAUACAGCUGAUUAUGAUCCUGCAAACGUAAUUCCUGGUGCAGAGCACUUGCCUGAUGCAGCACAGAAGAAUGCACCAACAAAUUCUUCAUCAAUCCAGACAGCAUUGAAAACACCAGCCUCAGGCAGUCAAAAAGCUCCUAGCAAGGCUAAAAGUCGACGAAAACGAAGCCCCAACUCAGAACCUAAGAAAGCAUCAACGAGAAAGACGAACAAUAAGAAAAAUUCGAAUUCUGUCGCGGCACAGAAUAAUUCUGGUAGUUCUGGACAGAAAGUAGUGAAAGUAGCCACGCCGGUUUCGACGAUGGCGCCGCCAAAUCAAGUCAUUGCCGGGCCGGUCUACUCAACUGCGCCCGCGUCACCAUCAAUUUCGACAGCUAGUCCCAGUUUCGUCCACCAGAUUGUAACGCCACCGUCAUCUCAAAGUCAUAAAGGACAGGUGAUUGCCGGGCCGACGAGAGGCCCUUCAAACCCAUCUACUCCUAAUAAUCAACCUCAAUACAUUGUCGUGUCAAGUUCUGCUCCUCAAAUCUCUGGACAGAUAAUCGCUUCUUCGGGACCGGUUCAAUCUGGCAAUCAAGACGGACAGACGCAAAUUAUCCAGAGUGUCUCUCCAAUGAUGGGAAAUACGUCAAGCCCCCAUGCACAGAUCAUCAAUAGCAGUCACCAAAGAGUGCUUAAUGUUCCAGUUCAAAUGACUGCCUCACAGUCAACGGGAGCUCAUCCUCAGUCUCCAAUGUUUAUUCGACCGGUACAAGCAUUCCCAGGAAACACGAUUCAAAUGGUCACGCAAAAUGGAACUCAAGUUAUUCAUAGCCCAAUCCAGCAUCAACCACCACAAUCGCCACAGACGACACAAGCUCCACAAAUGAUGCAAGGGCAAAUGAUCGUGAAUCAAGGAAUCAUCAGUCAACAAAAUAACAUCAUCCAUCAAGGACAGCCAAAUAUGAUUCCACAGCAAGUACAAGCUCUCCCAUCUGUGCAAGGGCAACAUAUUGUCGUUCAACAUCAUCCGGGUCCUGGUCAAUCGCCGAACACGCCGGUCCCCGUUCCUGUUCAAGAAGCCGUUCAAAUGAUUCCCAAUCAGCAAAUUGCUUCGCCAGGAGUAAAGAUGGCUCACCAAGGAGCUCCGAUGAUGGUGAAUCAAGCAUAUGCCCGGGAACAUAUACAACCUCAAUAUCAAAGACAAAACGCAAUUCAUCCAAAUUAUCAAAAUGCAGGGAUGCAUCAGCCCGGUCUGCAGUCGCCGCGUUCUCCACUAGUUCCAGGUCAUGCUCGGCGCAUGCAAAAGCCGCAAAUGCUCGUUCCAAUAACAUGUCCAGAAGAAGAGCUUCACUCCACUAUCAAACACGAGCACGAAUACUUUACCGUCGAAAAUGAAUCUGAUAUUUCACCGAAAUUCUUGUGCUUUAUUGGGUGCGUUUUCUACUUUGCCCCUGAUGUGAAAAAACUUCACGGAGGACUUGUCGAAGACACCUAUAAUAAAGUCACUUGUACCCACUUAGUGUCAGAGGAUUGCGACACUGACGAAGUAAAAGCGGCACUGGCAGAUCAAAAGCGAUGCGUUUCCAUUGCUUGGCUUGAAUGGUGCGUCGAAAAGCGAAAAGUCAAUCCUCCUCGCUGCCUGCUCCAUGUUCCUACCCCUGGCUCUGCCAAACUCAACUUGAAAGACAAGUUUCGCGUUUCAACAAGCAAUUUUCAACCCAAAACGAAGGAAUACGUUCAUUCAGGACUUCUACGACUUGGAAUUACUGUUACAAAAAUGCUGUAUAAAGAAACUGACAUGUUGAUUGUUCCCAAAACUGUGGGGCAAAAGUAUACAACGGCAAUUUAUCAUGAAACCCCGUGUGUUUCUCUUCAUUGGUUGAGAGAAGCUUUGCUCGGAAUGCCAAGAGCUUUCAACGGUGGCUGGCGGGAAGAUUCCUACAAAGUCAACGACGGUUCAAAAGGCUUUCUAGCCCUCUGUCUAAGCGACAAAAACGAGUUUGAUGCUAAAAUGCUCAAUGCUUGGAAGAAGCCGAUUAAAAUCGAAGCUGACUUCGAACUUCGAGCAAAAUUAAAGCGUGAUUAUCAAAACGCCAAUCAAAAUGAGAUCAGCUCUCCGAACGGUCCACCAGACCAGAAGAAGCAGAAGAUAACUUACAGAAUGACGCCGCGUGUAAUGCUUACUGGCUUUAAUGCUCAAGAAACUAAAGAUCUGUCUGAAAAGAUAAAGGCCAUUGGCGGAGAAAUCGCGUCAGAUACCGAUAUGACGCACCUAGUCGCAAAAGAAUUCCGAAGAACAGUCAAAUGGUACUGCGCCAUGCACAUCGUUAAAUACGUUGUUACUCCCGAAUGGGUCAACGAGUCAUUCAGCUCGAAAUGGUUCCUCGACGAAGAUAAGUUUUGGCUGAGCGAUCCUCGCAAAGAACAACUCUUCAAUUUUCACAUUAGACAGAGUGUAGAGCGCGCGAGGGAGCACCGUGUUUUCAAUGGAUAUCGCUUUGCUUUGCUUUCUGACAAGAUUGUUCCAGCUCCUGAUGUACUGGAGAAAAUAAUUAGGUCCGGCGGCGGGCGGUUUUUGACAGCGAUGCCGAGUAUCAAGUCCCUGCUUUCAGUAAAGAAGCAGAGAGACGAAGAUCCUCGUUCUUGCUGGCCCGUGAUAAUCAUCGCCAACAACGAUAAAGCGUCCAUGGAACAAGUGCGACUAUUGCGCGACUCUCAGAUUCAAUGUUUCGCGUCAGAACUUAUUUUAAACGCGUCAGUCAAACAACGCCUCGAGUUCCACAACUUCACGAUCAACCCUCCUCAGCAUCCACGCUAG